AGAAGUUACAUGACUUUGAUGAAGGAACGGUAUCAGAAUCAUAGAGAUGGAAAUGCCUACUUAGGAGAGACUGUCCGUCUAGAUGGGAGGUACACCAAAUUAUUGCUGAUAAAGAAACAGCGGAAUGUAAAGGAAAGAGAACAUGAAAUCAUUAGCCUGGGCCAAAGGCAUUUAGAGAUAAUGGAUGAGCGAUCUUCAAGUCAAUAUUCCCCAAUCACCAUAGACGGUCUGUUCAAUCCCGACGAAGCUGGCAUAGUCCCCAAAGUCGUGGUGCUGCAAGGGCCUGCCGGGGUCGGAAAAACCAUGACCUCCCGGAAAAUCGUUCUGGACUGGGCCUCCGGGAAGUUUUACCAGGACAAAUUCAAUUUCAUAUUUUACAUGAGCUGCAGGGAGCUUAACACCAUAAGUGGUGGCAUAAGCCUAGCUGGACUUUUACGUCAAACUUGCCACGUCAAUUGCGAAAGAGACCUUCUCAAGUCAAUCCUGGGUGACCCUCAAAAGCUACUUUUUCUUGUGGAUGGAUUCGAUGAGUUGAGAUGGACUUCGCUUGGUGAUACCGAGGUCUCCGACGAUCCUUUUCAGGAGACCAGUAAAGAAAUUAUUUUAAACAGUAUCUUCAGGCAAUCCUGCCUUGGUGGAGCUUCCAUAAUCAUCACCACAAGACCGUACUCACUGGAGCGGCUAAAUGAACGUUUUCUAAGUCCUCGAUAUGUUGAGAUUCUGGGGUUCGCGGGGAGAGACCGCGAGCUAUUUUUCUACAGUUUCUUUACAGAAAAAGAAGAAGCCGACCUUGCUCUCAGUAUCGUGAAGGACAACGACACCCUCUUCACAAUGUGUGCCAUCCCAAUUACUUGCUGGAUUGUAUGCACUGUAAUAAAACAACAGAUGGCAGAGAGACUAAAAGAAAUUGAUUGCAAGACCACCACGUCCAUCUACCUGUUGUACCUGAAGAGUUUAAUGAAAUACCACACUAGUAAUUCCAACCAAUCAGUCGUUAAAUGCCUUAAGAAAAUUUGUGCAUUAGCCAACGAAGGUAUCUGGAGUCAGAAGAUCCUCUUUGGGGAAGAUGACCUUAGAAGUCAUCAACUCUCAAUGACAGACAUUGAGACUUUGUUUCUCAAUGAAAACAUUUUUCAAAGAGACGUCGAAACCCAAACCUGUUACAGCUUCAUCCACCUGACCGUCCAGGAGUUCUUUGCCGCCCUCUAUUAUGUGGUGGGAAAUAAACUGAAGCUCACGUCAAUGGCCUCCGCAAAGAGUUCCCAAAUCGAAAAAUUACUGGAAGAAGGGAAAUACAAGUCACACUUGCAAUUGACAAUACAGUUCCUGUUCGGCCUUCUCAGCGAAAAACAACAAAAAGAAACGGCGAAGCUUUUGGGCUGCGGACAAUUUUCCUUGAAGAAAACUUCAGUGGUGAUGGAUUGGCUGAUAAAGAACACUAAGUACAAACGGAGUCUUCAGUACUUAUAUGAGUUUCAGGACGAGGAUUUAACCGGACGGAUAAUGGUUCACUUUCGAGACGUAACGAUCAUCAAACCAGGACGUGAUUUUGACUACAGGGCCGUAUAUUACUGUUUAAAGAACAGCAGAAGCGAGCACCGCAUUUCUUUCAUCAACUCCCAAAUAGGCCCCAAAACACGGGCCCUUUUGUCUUCAGUACUCCACAAGUGUUCAAGGGUUCAUUUUAUCAACUGCUUCUUUCUGUGUAACGAAGAUGAUGAAAACUUGCCAUAUGACAACUCCAGUCUUGCAGGUUUAUUUAACUGUCAACGUGGAAUUCAGAAACUUUUGUUGUAUGAAUGUAGCCUAAAGUCAAAUUGCUGUGAAGAUCUCCGCUCUGUCAUUGCAAACCAGUCUCUGACCACACUGAAUCUCACACGUAAUUAUCUGCAGGACUCUGGAAUAAAACUUCUGUGUAAGGGGUUAAGAGAGAAGAACUGCAUCCUGCGGGUACUGAUAUUGCAAGACUGUGGCUUGACAUCCUAUUGUUGUGCUGACCUCUGUUCUUUUAUCACUGCAAACCAAACUCUGACCUUGCUGGAUCUGUCAAAGAACAAACUGGAUGACUCUAGAUUAAAAGUUCUAUGUGAGGGACUUAGACAACCAGGCAGUACAAUACAGGAUCUGAGAUUUGAGGCAUGUGGUUUCCUCCCAUCCUCCUGUGAAGAUCUCUCCAACAUUAUUACUGCAAGCCAAUCUUUGAAAUCUAUUGACUUAUCGUCAAAUGACCUGCAGGAUUCUGGAGUAAAACAUCUGUGCCGGGGGCUCCAAUAUCAAGAAUGUGCCCUGCAGGAGUUGAAAUAUGCAAGAGAGUUGAUAUUCCUGGUGGUGUUUGUAACAGGGAACAUGAUCUGUCAGUGCUGA